AUGUAUCGAUGUACCUGGCAGCAAGCAACUUGUCCCCGUGAGGGCCCUGGAGGUCGUGCCUAUUUCCCGUGCUCCUUUGGCGGUGCAGACGCCCUCCGGCAGCCAUCAGGUUGCCGGAGGUGCAUCCCCCCGGCCGACUAUCAUCAGGACUGGCCACCAGAGCACGAAAUCCCAACACUUUACAAAAAGAGCAGCACAGGCCAGCACAGGCUGGCCGCGCCCCAACUGGUAGUGACACACUCCACGUUGCACAGAUUCUCGUUACACAAAUAUCUCGCCGGGUUUGUGCUGUGCGUGAGCUGGGGUAACGGAGCGGUCGCGGCAGCGCAACAGAUCCCUGACGGCGAGGGGACUCCGCAAGUUACAACUGAGGUUCAGGGCCUUACUCGUGCGACCACAGACGACAUGAUGCGUGAGAUUUACAAGGACAAUAUCGAUGCAGACUUCGUUCCCUGGAGAAACCGAACCUACAGCGUCCGGUUGCUGCAUGAGAUGAUCUCCAAGUUACGAGCCAGGCCCCAUCCCGGGCCGUACUUGACUGUCAUUGUGGUCAAGAAUGGCCGAGUGUACGACCUACCGCUGGAGGCCAACUACGGUAAAAACCGUGUCGCUGCGAACAGGGUCAGGGGCCUGGUGGAAUGCCUCAAUAACGAGAGCUCCUCCUCCUCCUCCCCCUUCUGGGGCGUGGUGCCCCCCGAUACCGUGUUCCUCAUUACCAUGCGGGACCACCCGUUCUGCCCCCGCCGGGGACACAGCUGCAAGGUGCCCGUCUUCUCCAUCAUCAAGCGCUGGAACGCCACCACCAACACCUCACACGAGCUUGACGUACUGCUGCCGCAGUUCAUACAUGUGUACGACAGCAUGGCGUUCUACCCUUGGAAACAGAAGUACGACAAGGCCCUCAUGAGGGCAGCCAUUAAGGGUCGUAUGUCCGCCAACAGCACCCGCGAGUGGCUGACGGAGCUGCAGCGGCGGGGGCACCCUGGGGCGGCCCAAAUGCUGGACACGGGCAUCACACAAAACGAUCAAAAAAAGAGGUUCAAGACGAAGCUGGUUCCCGAGAUCAGUAUGCACGAGCACGCCCGCUGGAAGUACCUGCUCGCCACUGACGGCACCACCGCCAGCAGCCGCCUGGGGAAGCUGCUGGUCACCAACUCGGUGGUGCUCAAGGAGGACUCCGUGUGGAUCGAGUACUACUACCGGUCCCUAGUCCCCAACGUGCACUACGUGCCUUUCAACAAGGACAAUGUACUGCAGGUCCUCAAGCAGCUGCGAAGUGACGCCCCUCGCUGCCACCGGACUGCAGCAGCCGCACAGCACUUCGCCUUCACUUUCCUGUCACAACGCUCCAAGACGCUGUACGUACGGCAGGCGCUGAGGCAGUACAACAGUCUUAUACCUGAUAUGUCUGACUUUAUGGAGGUGCUCAGGAUUGCCCCGGGGGCUUUAGAGCGGCCCCUGACUUUGGAUGGGCUGUUGGAACAAAUGAGCGCGUUUGUGGCGAGUCGUACAGGCGGGGGGUAA